CAGUCUCUGCACACCGGAAAUGGCUUGGUAAUUAGGGUUGGGGCACAAUUAGUGUCUCCAGAGAUAAGAACACGCCCUGUAGUAGGAUCUUCAACAGAGGGAGGGACGUCUCUGUGGUCAUGGAUGGGUGUGUUUCUCUGGCGCUUUCUAUUCUACAGUAUAUUGUGGGGAAAUGUCGCUGAGGUCUAUCUCAUUCUCUGCUUCCACGGUAGCUAAGUAUACGACUUGGUUUGUGUGUGUUAGGGGAGGAGAUGGAGCUAUUACGUCCUCUCCGUUAGAGAGAGAAAAUGAAAAUCACCUUGGGUUUAUUUGGCAGAUGGGGUUUGCUCUUUUAUAGUCUUCUCUGUGCAGCUGUGUGUCUGUGUUUACAUGGAACUAUCCUCUCCCACUCACAUCCUCUCCCACCAUCCCCAUCUGUCCUCACCACCUAUCCUUGCUCCGACAACAGACUGACGGACUCACUAUCCUUCUCUCACCCUUCCCUCUCCAUCCGUCAUUCCUCUCUCCGGCCCUAAAAUCUCUCAACACUGGAGAAACCAAAACAAAAAUACCACAGAAAAUACUCAUUCCUGGCACUUCUGACUCCCUGGCCUUAGAAAAGAUGACGUUUGGUUUGGUCUGUGUGUAUUUUUGCUGUUCAAAGUGGCCGCAAGUCCCAGGGUGCUUUUGAUGUCAAACAAACACAAACUGGCAUUGAACUGACCCUCACUACUAUAUUUGAGUCCGUGUCAUUUCUCCCCUCAAAUCCCUUGCUAUCCCACACACAGGCGUGCAGUCAAACUGGAAGGAGGUAAAGGCAACUCGCAAUCUGUUUAACAGGAAAUUAAAACGUAUAAAUACCGAAAACAAUUUUAUAGGGUACACGUUUUGUCAGUACACCUUAAGCUACAGCAGUCUCCAUUCAUGCUGUUAGUACUGGGUUUAAAGAUACGGUAGGUUUGCUAAUCCAUGUGUUCUGUGUAGAUAAAUAUAUUUUCCUUCAUCUCAAACCAUGUAUAAAUAUAUUCGGUGUAUGUAUUUUUCACCAAACUGACUCGGAUUCCAAAGUGCUUUCCCAUGAAAGGAAGUGGUCAUGAGAAGACGAAAAGAUAAAAGGGAGGGAGAUUUUAAAAAGCCCAAAGGGAGGGAUCGGGAAGAGAGUUGGGAGAGGAUGUGGGGAGAGGGAGGAGGCUGUUUAGGACACUCCCUCUUGGUGAUGGACAACUCAACCAGUGUUGAAGCACCCUUACAUGAGGUAAACUCUGAGGGCACACUACAGUACGCUGACAAACAUACUGGCAUUGUUCUCCACUUGAAACAGGUGGUUUGGGGGAAUCCAAAAGAAUAAUACAAUAGCGAGGAAUAAACGACUAAUCAAAUAUAUAUAUUUUUGAAAUACUGAACGCACCAAGGAUUUUUAAAUAGCUACAUAAAGGUUGAGGAAGACAUCUGGAAACAUCUGGAGUUAAAGACGCAAGUGGACGUAACAAACAAAGGAUCUUUAAUGAAUAAAAAGUUCACCAGAAUUGUGGAUUAAAAAAAUUAUAGAUCAAGAGAGGUGGACAACAGAUCAUUUUCAUUUGACUCCUUGUUCCUUGCGUGGGAUCUGGUUGUUGCCAGCCAACAUUGAGGCGCGACAGGUGUGGUGUUUUUUCCUUAUUCUUCUGAAGACCAAUUAGACUGAAAACGGGUCUGAUUAUUUGAUUCUCUUAAAUUUGAUUGACCACCAAUCUUGGUAGCACCUGCCCUUUGACUUAUCCACUUUCAAACGCCAUCAAAUGUACUCCAAAGGGAGAGAUUUUCAAAGAGUUUGUUUGUUUUCAUCAAAACACAUAAAAAAAAGUUGUCAUUUUACCCUUGCUUUCAUUUUAUUGUCUGUUGUGUAUCACAUGAGUAGAGUCGUGUUGGGGUAGAAGAGAAAAGACAAGCGGAGAGAUUUAAAGUAGUAGAGGAAGGGAGGAGACGGCCGAUAAACAGAGGGAACUAAAGGAGUAAACAUCUCUUAGUGUCCACCGUUGAUCUAAACACAUCUCAUCACAAAUCACAGAGGUGCAUUUGUCAGUGACGGAUACGUGCAAGACAAACAGUUUGGCGUACACAGACAGACAGGGGACGUGCAAAUUGUUUGAGACACAGUUAACAGCCCCUCUGUGGUGUGCGUUGCAGAAUAUUACUUGCUCUCUUGUGGACCGAAGGCCAAAAGAACAUAGAAGAACCCAACCAAAGACUUGUCGGUUACACAUAGAGAGAAUAGGAAAACAGCCGGGUAGAGCUUCUUCCACUAUGGCAACGGACACCUUGGAAGAUCUGCCUCAGACCACACAGAGCUUGGACAGACCAGAUGGCUUCAGAACAUGCGUCGAUACCCACGCCUGCCCGUGUUCAGGAAGAAGCCGCAUCCAUGACAACAGCAGCAAGUACACCUACCGGCGCCUUCUCCAACUCCCGCUCUUCCCUGUGGCCCUCCUCCUCGCCCCCUUGCUGCUCUGCCUCUGGGGCCACCAGGCCCAGGGAGUCGUCCACUCCAGCUUCCGCCGCCUCAGCAGCCGAGAGAAGAAGGAGAUGCAGAGGGAGAUCCUGUCCAUCCUGGGUCUACCGGGUCGGCCCAGACCCCAUCCUCCCCUCCGACCGCCCUCCUCAGCCCCCCUCUUCAUGCUGGACCUGUACCACGCUGUGUCGGCCAAGGGGGAUGAGGGAAACGGAAUGGGGAAUUGGGUAGGGGGUCUGGGGUUCGGCGGUGCGGAUGGGUUGACGGGCCACGUCAGCCAUGCCGCCCUGCCCACGCUCAACACGUACACGGCGCCGCUGGGGACAGUGGUUAGCGAGGCCGAUACGGUCAUGAGCUUCGUCAACCUGGUGGAGCAAGAGCGUGACCUGCUGCAGCCGCGGCCGUACUGGAAGGAGUUCCGUUUUGACCUGACGCCCCUCCCCCAGGGGGAAACUGUCACAGCUGCAGAGUUUCGCAUUUAUAAGACCCUGACCAUGGGCCAGAGGGCCAACCGCAGCCUGCACAUCUCCGUCUACGAGAUCCAACGGGAGAACAAACACAGAGAACCAGAGCUGGUGCUGCUGGACAUGCAGUCGGUGCCAGCGGGGCAGGAGGGCUGGCUGGCUUUUGACGUGACCUCGGCCAGCAACCGAUGGCUCCUGCACCCCCGCAGUAACCUGGGCAUCCGGCUCUACGUGGAGACAGAGGAGGACCGGUCCCUGUCAGCUGGGUGGGUAGGCUUGGUGGGUCGUAGGGGCCCCCGCUCCAAACAGCCCUUCAUGGUGACCUUUUUCAGGGCCAGCCAGGCCCCCUGUCGCCCCCCGCGGGCCGUGAAACCCAACCCCCAUAAGAAGAAGCCCAAAUACGACCUGCCCUUGCCCAGUAUACAUGGUGAGGUCCUACAAGAUCACAGCCAUGUCAACAGUGGGCGUCAGGCUUGUAAGAGACAUGAAUUAUAUGUGAGCUUCAGUGAUCUAGGCUGGAAGGACUGGGUAUUGGCUCCUACGGGUUACUCUGCCUUCUACUGUGAUGGAGAAUGCCUCUACCCUCUGGGUUCCUGCAUGAACGCCACCAACCACGCUAUGAUCCAACUAGUGGUUCACCUUCUGAAGCCGGAUGAGGUUCCCAAAGCAUGCUGCGCACCCACCAAGCUCAGUCCCAUCUCUGUACUCUUCUACGAUGACAACAACAACGUGAUCCUAAAGAAGCAUCGCAACAUGGUGGUCAAGACCUGUGGAUGCCUGUGACACCAGUGGUAGCCCAUCUAUCUAUUCUACAUCAUUUUAAUCAACUUAAUUGCCAUUGUUCCAAAAGAUAAAAACAGGGUAAUAUAACUUGCAACCAGCAGUUGAUAGCAAUAAUAUGUCAAUAUGCUGAUAUAUACUAUGUAUCUAAUAUAUUGAUUUAGAGUCAGAGUGGUAUAUGAACAACACCCAUUGGACUUAUAACCAUACCUCACUUUUGAUUAACUAAACUAUUCAAAUCUACAGUAAUUCAGAUAAUUACAUCACCCCUUCAUGUCAUAUAUUCUGUGACCAAUCAAAGCUGUAAAGUACUGUAUCAUAAGUGCAAUCAAUGCUAAAAUUCUUGUUGAACCAUACAUUUUUUCUCAUUGUCUCUUUUAGAUGUACUAAACAUGGUUUGCAAAACGUACACAUAUUUUUCUUCUUCUUUAAUCAUACUUUUAACCAGUACAAGUUAGUAACAAUGGAAAAUGAUAAUAUGAAAAAAAAUGUUUGGCCAUUUUUGUAUGUACAGAGGAACAAAUACACAGUGAUGUAUGUCCUUGUCAACAGAUAUCUGGAGGACUGUAUAUCGCUAUACUUGUAAUAAAAUAAACUAUACUGAACAAAAAAACGCAACAUGUA